UUUUUUUUUCUUUCAAUUAUUUAUAUUAACAAAAAAAAAUGACAAAAUCAACGAUUAUGAAACGAAUUAUUACUUUAUUUAAGAAAACGCAUGAAAAAAAAGAAAAAACAGCCUAUCCCUCAGAUUUGGAAAAUACAUACAAAAUUACAAAAAGACUUUAGGGGUAGGUUCAUUUGCUGUUGUCAAGGAAUGUAUUCAUCGUUCUACCAAUGAGCGUUUUGCCCUCAAGAUCAUUUUAAAAAAGGCAAUUGCAGGGAAGGAACAUAUGCUUAGUAGUGAGCUAGAUAUUUUGAAACAAGUGAGACAUCCACAUAUUGUAUCAAUGCAUGAUUUAUAUGAAUCCAAAGAUGCUGUCUACAUCGUCACGGAUUUAGCAAGUGGAGGAGAGUUAUUUCAACAAUUAUUAAAAAAAGGUAGCUAUACUGAAAAGGAUGCAUCUAACUUGACAAGACAAAUGCUAGAAGGUUUACACUAUUUACAUGAAAGAGAUUUAUUAUUCCAAACAGCUGAAGAUAAUGCAAAUUUGAUGAUCACUGAUUUUGGUCUAUCUAAAAUACUUAAAGGACAAGAUGAUAUUCUAACAACUGCUUGCGGUACACCAGGAUAUGUUGCUCCUGAGGUAUUAUUGCAAACUGGGCAUAAUAAACCUGUAGACUUAUGGAGUGUGGGUGUUAUAUUGUUUACUUUAUUAAGUGGAUAUACUCCAUUUUGGGGAGAAGAUCAAGCAAGCUUAUUUGAAUCUAUUAUGUCCGGAAAAUAUGAUUAUGAUGAAGAAUAUUGGUCUGAUAUUUCUGAUUCAGAUCGACUUUUGGCAUUUGAUCCCAACAAGCGAAUUACAGCUGAAGAAGCGCUAUUACAUCCUUGGAUUACUGGGUCUAAAGAAGCAGGUCCACGGGCAAAUACUAACUUGGUGCCUACUGUUAGGAAAGGUUAUAGUAGUAGAAGUAGUUUUACUGCUGUAUUACUUUUAAAUAAAUUAAAAGUAUCCGAAGAAGACAUGUCAAGUAGUGAUGAAGAAAAAGUAAAGAAAAUUGAGAAAGUAAAGGAAUUAAAUAUUCCUUUUUAAGCACUUUCGCCCUAAAAUUUAUACUUGAAAUAAAGCAAUUGAUAUUAUAUUCUUUUAGAAAGCCUCAGUUUUGAGAAUACUAUGUGAUGUAUUUACACUUUAUUC